AUGAGUGAUGUGCAGUCUGCGGUCGAGUCUGCCCGGCAGGAGUACCAGGCGAAGUCCAAAGGAUCCAAAAUUCAGUCUGUCUUGACGACCUGCUCAUCCAGAAUCAUGUUCUAUGGAGCGAUAUUUGACACCUUCUCACAACAUCACCCUGAAUACGUGUCUUUGGGCUGGGGCGCGUUGAAGUUCCUAUUCGUUGCUGUCCUCAAUCAUGAAGAGCUCCUUGUAGAGAUAUCGAAGGCGGUGUCUCGAAUCGCACUCGUGCUGCCUAGAACCGAGCUACACUCUGUGCUUUAUCCCACGCCACGGAUGCAGGACGCUGUAUCACAGCUAUACGCAAAGAUCAUAGAAUUCGCAUUGACGGCGAUCAAGUGGUACAAGAAAGGCAAAUUGUCUCAUUCCUUCACGGCCAUCAUCAAGCCAUUCAGUCUGGGGUUCAAACCUAUCGUUGAGGAAAUCGCAGAGCGGUCCAAACAUGUGGAUGAGCUGGCUAGCGCUGCGGUCAAGGCUGAGAUCCGAGACCUACAUGUCAAUAUUCACAGGCAGAAUAAGACCAUAUUGCAGUUGACAGAGAUGGUUUCUUUCAUGCAGCAGCAGCAGUCUCUCCAGACCCAGUCACUACUGGCGUUGAAAGAAGAACAUAAACAAAUGUUCAGAGCCAGCCAACUUGAGGACAUCAGGACAGUCUCACUACUGGAGGAUACGGCAGUAGCGGAUGACAGCCUGGCAUGGUGCAGAUCGAUGCGCAAUCGACGUAGACAGAAAGCGCCCACACAACUCCCUCUGUCAGAAUUAUACAAACUGAAAGCCUGGACGUCUGAUCCCUCAUCCUCCCUCUUACUCGCGGAAGGGCAAGGGGUGAAGACGAGUUCACUCGACUUUGCAGCUGAUUUCCUCGAUACAGUGCUUGAGCAAGGAUACCCCGUAAUCUGGACUUUGUCUUCUAUCGUCACUGACGUCGAUGAUGAUAGUUUGAAAGUAUCAGUCUCGGGUAUCAUCCGGUCACUCAUUUCACAGGCUCUGGCAUUGAAUGAUGCUGUGGUAAGCGAAGGCAUUAAUCCUCUCACUCCCAAACACUUCAAGUCCGCUGUCAGCAUUAGUGAAUGGUUUGAUAUAUUUCAGCGCUGCAUGUCAAGUUUUCAGCGGCUGCUCAUUGUUCUAGACAUGAAUGCCAUUGAAUCUGCUUUAGAGCAAAGAGAGGCUGAGGAUCAAGUUUUCAAGAUGAGUGACUUCGUAGAACAUAUCACCCGAGUUUUGCAAUCAGAAGGGGGAACUGUUAAAGUCAUCGUUGUAUCGUGGAAGUUUUACGCCAAUAUCUCCAUAGAUGUCGAGUCUGUUUUCGAUGACAGGCGUCUAUUUACUGAUAGAGGGCGGAAGAUUGAGCGGCUAAUGAAACAGCCCAGGUUUAGGGCUGCGUUCAAAAGAGGACACCAGAACUUUAGUGACAAGUUUAGAUCCUCUAUCAUUCUAGGAGAUAAACAUUCAUGA